UUCACUAGACUGUUGUGAUGAAUAUGCCUUUUUGAAAGUGUAUCUGACGUUUGGUUUUGUUUUUGUCAUUGAUUUGAAUGAUUUGGGUUUUUUUGUGCUGAACUGCUGAAAGGAAAUUUUUAAAUCGAUCGCCGAGGUUCAAUUCUGUUAAGACGAGCUAAGUAUAAUCAAGAAAUGGCGUCUGAAGCUCUAGUCCCCCUCGAAUCCAACCCGGAUGUGUUGAACAAGUUCCUGCAGAAGCUGGGCGUGCCGGCGCGCUGGAGCAUCACGGACGUGAUGGGGCUCGACCAGGAGAUGCUGUCGUGGGUGCCGCGGCCCGCGCUCGCGCUCAUGCUGCUGUUCCCCAUCACCGACUCCUACGAGCAGCACAAGCAGAAGGAAGAAGCUGAAAUCCUAGCCAAAGGCCAAAAAGUCUCCAGUAACACUUUCUACAUGAAGCAGAACCUCAGCAACGCUUGCGGCACCAUCGCGCUCAUCCACAGCAUCGCCAACAACGCGGACAAGGUGCAGCUCGACAACGGACCCCUGAAGAAGUUCCUUGAAGAAACCAAGACAAUGGAUGGUGCUGCCCGAGGACAGCUGCUUGAGAAAAAUGCUGACAUCAUCAAUGCUCACAAAGAGCUUGCCCAAGAAGGGCAGACUAACACGCCUGGUGCUAAUGAUGUUGUUAAUCAUCAUUUUAUAUCAUUUGUUAAUGUUGAGGGCUCUUUGUAUGAGCUGGAUGGACGCAAGCCGUUCCCUGUAAACCACGGCCCAACCACUGAAGAGACCUUCCUGGAGGAUGCGGCCAAGGUGUGCAAGCAGUUCAUGGCUCGGGACCCCAAUGAGGUGCGGUUCACGGUCAUAGCACUCACCGCUACUGACUAAACAGUUCCUCCUGAAUACCUCUUCUGGCUGAACCAAAUUAAAAGCUGUUGCUUAGCUGAGAGCUUUCAAUGUGAGCUUUGACACCAUGAUAGAUCUCUUGAAACUAUUUUAGAAAAAUAACCAAGAUGCGAUGCAAAUUGAGCUUUAUUUUGUGAUACUAAAUUAUUUAUUUGAAUGUGUCUUUGUAACUUUGAAUAAAAUACAGACUGCUUUGAAUUAAAA